UUAUAAAUGGAAGCGUUGAGAGUUCUAUGCUUUAAGCAAGAAAUUCUCUGAUCUGAAACCGUUAAGCCAAUGGGAGUUAGAUAUUCUUCUGUUUUCGCUUCCUCAAAUGGAGGCAAUCGAUAUGUUUCACCGAGGAAGUCCGGUCAGGUUAUCUCAUUUCAUUCCUCUGCUACAUGGAAAAGCCACUUCGAAGCUUCCAAACGAACGACUAAACUGAUGGUCAUUGAUUUCACGGCCUCAUGGUGUGGACCGUGUCACAUGAUGGAACCCAUUCUGCGCGACUUUGCUGCUACUUAUCUAGAUGUAGAGUUCAUCAAGAUUGAUGUCGAUGAGUUAGACGAUGUGGCUACAGAGUACGGAGUGCAGGCAAUGCCAACGUUCAUACUGAUAAAGAAAGGAAAAGAAAUCGACAAGUUUGUUGGGGCCAAGAAGGAUGAACUCCAGAAGAGAAUCGAGAAACACAUGACCUGAAGUACUAUUAAUCUGCAACUUCGUGGAAUCGAAUGAGGGGAGGAGCACAGAAGUAGAUUAAGAAUAAUGCAGAAUGUCAAUCUUAAAGUUCGUAUAAGAAUGUGAUGCCAACUUUUUUAAGAAAGUAUGUGAAGCAUGCAAUUAGCAGAAAAUAAUGAAAAGAAUGGAAGGGUGUGAUGAAUGCUUUGUUUACCA